AUGAAUCUCCUGGUUUGUGUCACUGUAUGCCUGCACAAGGAGCUGAGGUCGGCCACCAAUUUCCUUCUCGUGAGCUUAGCAGCUGCAGACAUUGGCGUUGGAGCUCUGGCUAUCCCUUUCUCCAUCAUUCUGAGCAUGGAGUACAUGUUCAGCUUCUACACCUGCCUCUUCAUCACCUGCUUUCCACUGGUCACCACUCAAUUCUCCAUUCUCCUUCUUCUGCUCAUCGCAAUUAACACCCAUCUGAAGAUCCGACUUCCAAACAGCUAUUCACUGUACGUGACAAAUCGGAGUCUGAUUCUGGCUGUCAUUGUUUGUUUCUUCAUCUCCUGUCUUGUCGGCUUCUCUCCAAUGAUGGGGUGGAACCAGUUUCAGCAGUAUGUGGGUAGAAACGGGUCCUCGUCUGUUUCUGAGAGAAUUUUGCAAUUUUACCCUAUUCACCGCAACACAAGGAGCAUCGCCAAGGCUUAUUUCAGAAACAAUGAGGUCUCUCGUAGCAACAAUACCCAAGGAAAUAAUCUGGGUUCCUGUACUCUGACUGCUGUGUUUAGCCCAGAGUAUUUGGUCUACUUUGUGUUCUUUGGAUGCACCCUGCUGCCCCUGUGCCUCAUGUUGGCCAUCUACGCGGAUCUCUUCAGGGUGGUCCGAGGUCACUUGAGAUCACCUAAGAAGUGGGAAUCACAUAUGGCAUGGACCCUUCUUCUCCUGGUGGGGAUAUUCUGCUUAUGCUGGAUUCCACUCAAUGCCAUCAAUAGUCUCAGGCUUCUGUGUCAUUCCUGCAUUGUCCCUGAGCAGGUUAUAUGCCUGGCUGUGCUGUUGUCACACAUGAAUUCUUUUGCUAACCCCCUGGUCUAUGCCUUGAGGAAAAAGGAUUUUGGUGCUGCCUUAAGAUCGGUGUUCUUACGCUUUAUAAACUGUUGGCCAUCGCAUAAAGUCUGCUGCAACCGAGGAAAGGUUUAUCCUCAGUGUGAUUGA